AGUAAAUGCCAGCGAAGUCAGUGUUAUUGAUAAUUCGUGUUACACUCGCAAGCAGGAGCAGUUCCGGUUAUUCUUGUUUACCUUCACAACAGGUAAUAUCUGUAUAUUAUUAAAACCAGAAACUGUAAUUACGAAAAAAAAACAAAAAAAAACGUGCGAUUCCAAUACGUGCUUCCUUUCUUACGACUAGUACACUACAGAUGGGAAGUAGAAAGAUAGUCCUUCUCUGGAGUAUUACAUUUAACUGCGUGUUUGUACUUCUGUUUAACGCGAUUGUGAAAAGUUACAUGUAGAUAGAUCGGAUGGUGUACUACCAAUGCAACCCCCCGUUAACCAGCUGUAACAUCAUACAUUCCAAGUAGCGGUCAUUUGUAGGUAGCAAUACUAAAAUAUAUAUGUAUUGCAUAUCGGGGUGAAGUUAUUUGCCCUUGUAUGUGUUGCGACGGUAGGCGAAGGGUAUUUUCGUGCUUUGAGGUGUCCGGGCUGGUCAGUGCCAGGCGGUGUAACGCUGUGGCGAUACAAAUACAGCCUCAUUGUAAAUACUGUGCACGGCUCUGCCUCGUUACUUGCAUCUAUCCGAUCAAAGAUCCAGACAGACCUGAAUCAACGACAUGACCUCACUGCACAGCCCAGACACGUUGAACCUGAGGCUGAUCCUGGUGAGCGGGAAGACGGAGGAGUUCACCUUCUCCCCCAGCGACUCCGCGGCUGACAUCGCCAAACAUGUUUACGAGAACUGGCCAAUGGACUGGGAGGACGAACAGGUGAGCAGCCCCAUCAUCCUGCGUCUCAUCUACCAGGGCCGGUUCCUGCAUGGCAACGUCACGCUGGGAGCUCUGAAGCUUCCUCCCGGGAGGACCACAGUGAUGCACCUGGUGGCCCGUGAGACUCUACCUGAGCCAAACUCCCAUGGUCAGAGAAACCGUGAGAAGACUACAGAGAGCAGCUGCUGCCUGCUUUUAUAAACCCCUACCUUCCCCUUCCCUCUGUCCUCCCCUGUCCACACAGACCUUCCUUCUUGAACCUUUCUCCAUCCCAAGCACUCGGAAAACAAGGAAGACUUGUCACUGCAAAACCGACCUCUUCAAAACGAGUGACCAUCUGUGAGGACACAAACGAGAACUUAAACUAAUAAUUAAUAACUGGAACAUACAUCCAGUUUUAUUAACUUUAUUUAAACAAAUCCUUAAUUUAUACCUAGAUAUGCUAAACAGCUUCUUCAAGAUGAUACAUUCCCCCCUCCCUCCCCAAACUACUGCGACGGUACUGUAUUGGAGAGAGGGGAUCCGGACAUCAUAAAGCAUAAUUAUUUUUAUUUGAGCAGAGCCUGUGAACUUUUGUUUUUGUUGUGAGUAAUGAGACAGAACAUUUGAGCGGAGCCUGUCCUUUCUUUAAGAAGGGUGGGAGUGGGGUGGAUUUUGUCUGGUGGAAGAUGGGAGAGUAAAGGCAAACAAAGAUGUCCUUUUAUUUUAACCCCCCCCC